AUGGACGGUCUUUAUUUGCCCGAUGGGCGUCAGCUCGCAUUAAUUGAUCGUGACUGGAUUCUUGACGAAUUACCACAUUUAGGAAAUCCAGACGAUAAUUCCGACGCAAAUUAUUUACUUGCAUCAGCAGCAGCAGCAACUAGUGGCACAGGUGUUACAACAGGUAGUUCAGCAGGUCGUGGUACAACUGGUAUCGGAACUGGAGGUGGUGGUUCAUCACACGCUGUACCUAAUCAUACAGGUGGAGGAUCAAUUGGUGCAGAUAGUACAGGGGCAAAUCAUCACGGUACAAGUGCUAAUCAUAAUCAUAGUUUAUUAUAUAAUCCUGACGAAUUUGAAGGUGAUUUAACAUUACUUUCGGAAAUAGUUGACGAAACACAAAAUAAGUGGUCGGAUUUUGGACUCAAUCAAUUACUGACACCAUACGCACGUUCAAUUCGACCUGCGUUUAAACGAUAUUUUCUUCGAUAUAGUCUUUAUUGUAGUCGACGACCGAGAUUAAAUCGUAUUAUAAAAAUUCUCUCUAUUAUUAUUAUUGGUUUUCUUUUUAUGACUCUUAUUAAUGGUGUUCUUUUUUCAAGUGUUCUAUUUCUACAAGAAAAUCCUAAUGAACCUGAUUAUGAUCUUGAUACACGACCAUAUUAUAAAACAAUUGAAAUGAAAAAACGUUUCGAUGAUUCAGGAAAUUAUUUAAUUAUACAAAAUUUUGUGCAAUAUCAAACAAAUUUAAGUAAAAAUGCUGAUUUAAUUGCUUUAAAUUUACAUACUGAUAUUGAACAACUUCAUUUAUUAUUACAACAUGCCAAAGUUUGGGAUGGACCAAUAUCAUUAAGUUUAUAUGUUAAAGGUGCUCGAGGUAGUGAUGAUAUUGAUUAUGCAUCAAUAUGGCUUCGAUGUAAUCGACGAUCAUUUAAAGUACUCAAUGUUCAUCUUGUUAUUUCAGCCAAAGCAUAUAAAAGUUCCAUAUCAAAUCAGCAUAAUUCUCAUAGUGUCAAAUAUGCUGUCAGUUGUCAACAUAUAACAUAUGUUAAUCAUACUGAUGAAACAGAUUCUACUCCAUAUCCAUCAAAUCUUCUUCGUAAUGUGGCUCGUAAUGGCAAUAUACUUCCAUCUGUAAAAUAUAUUCUUACACUUGAUAUUGAUAUAUUUCCAUCAGCUGAUCUUUUUCAUCAUCUUGUAUCAUUUUAUACGAAAAAAACAAAUACAAAUGAAAUAUUUAAUCGUACGUUAUAUGUUAUUCCAGCAUUUGAAAUUCAUAUUAAUACAAUAAAACGUUCUAUAGCAUUACCACAAAAUAAACGUGAAUUAAUAUUAUUAUGGAAUGAUGAACAAAUUCAACCAUUUCAAAAAGAUAUUUGUUCAUCAUGUCAAUUUUUAACAAAUUAUAAAGCAUGGAAAGAAGAAACAAAAAGUGAUGAAAUUCUACCAAUAUUUCGACCACAUUAUUCACAACCAUGGAAACCAUAUUAUGUUGGACCUAUAGAUGUACCUAUGUUUGAUUCACGUUUUAAAGCACAUGCACAUGCAAGAAUAAGUCAAUGUUGCGAAAGUUUUAUGGCUGGUUAUGAUUUUGCUGUAUUAAAUAAUGUUUAUGUUUAUCGAUUAGGUUUUCUUGAUAAAUCUCAAUUACCAAAUACGAAAUUAAUUGAAGAUGAUACAUCAUUAUUACUUUUUCAACAAUUUCAAGAAGAUCUAUUAAAACGUUAUUCAAAUACAACAAGAAAAUGUUGA